AUGGUCGCGACACGUUCCCAGAACGGCAUAGUCAAGCCGUGCACACCAUACACACCCACAGCCCCAUCCUUCCCACCCAAGGUCCUGAAGAACACGACCAGACCGAAGGCAAAGCCGAAACCGACCAAGCCGAGCAAGAGGGACACGGCGGCGAAGCCAGCAAAGAAAGUGACCUUCGACAAACGCAUCACGAAAGCGAAGAAAGACACGAGCAAGAAGACCAAGAAGGCCGCCACAAGCACGAAGUGGGCCGACGCGGUAACGCAAAAGGAGACUCGCAAGGCGGGAAAGAGGAGAUGA